GACACCUCACAUGUUUCACUUCCGCUCACGAAGAAGGAGAAGAAGACUUUGAAAUGUUGUUGUCUCAUGUGUUGAAGAAGUGAAGCUGUCUCCUUUAGAGGUUUAUAAACGCUCUAACUACACCAGAGUCAGCUAACAAGUAAAGCUUUGAGUCGGUUAACAUGUGAGUACAGUUUGUGUGUAACAUUAGCGCGUUAAACUGAGACGUUAUCUAGUUCACGGUGUUAGUGGAUGACUGUUAGCUAUCUGUAGCUACAUGUAGCUAUCUGUAGCUAGCUGUCACUAGGUAACAGACAUGUCCUCGUCGGGGACAGAGCGCCAGGGACAAGUGGGAGACCUGAGACAACGCAGCAGAGAGGAGCUACAAGAACUGCUCCAGCGACAGGAGAAGAUCCUCUCUAACAAGAGGUUUUUACAGAGUCUUCCUGACAAAGGGAAAAAGAUAAAAGAAUUUGCGGAGAAAGUGCGCCUGGCCAUCGAACACCACGAUGAAGAGGAGAAGAGACAGAGCUUGGGGUUUGCUGCGGGGACAGAGUUACAGUCCAAGUAUCGGCAGGCUUUCACUUCGCAACAACGUGCCUCGCACCAAAACAGGCAAAGUGAGGCUGCUGCAGGCGAUGCGGUGCAGGAGAUGCAGACCUCACCUGUCUCAGCUCAUGUGCAGGAAAACAACACUUUAGACAAGCAACAGGUCCAGUUAGCCUCCGGAGCAGCGGCUGGGGAACCCAUGGAGAUGGCUGCUGCUGCUGGGGCCUCUCUGAACUCUGAUGAGACAAAAGAGGGUGACCUUGUGGAGGCCUUGGAACAGGUCAGACUGUCUGAAACUAGUACUGGUUUCAGUAGAGAGUCCACAGACCCAUCAAACAGCCCAGCAAGAGACAAUUACUUUCUCAGAAAGCAGAUACCAAAACAGCCUCACUAUGUAACUGUCCUGGAAAGAACAGAGAUGACUUCAGCUCCCAGGAAGCAAAAAUUCAAACCAAAUCAGUUGCCCCACAGAAGUGACAUAUCUCCAUCAGGAUCCUCGUCACCCAGCCGGUCGUCUGAAGGCUCAUCACCGCUCUCUGCUAAGGCCAGGAAGGAGCGGGACAGAAAACACCUGGAUGACAUCACUGCAGCUAGACUCCCUCCUCUCCACCACAGUCCGGCCCAGCUGCUGUCUCUGGACGAGUCGGCCGUCCUCCUGAAGGAACAAGCCAAGAAGCAGCAGGAGUUGCAGGCCAAGCUGGCGGCCCAGAAACUGUCUGAGGGAUUGAAGAUCUCUAUGGGGAGCUACACUCCUGACAGCGGCCCCAUGGCUGCCUACAGAGAGGUUCACGAUGAAGCAGCCCAGCUCUCCUCAGAGGAGGACUGAUCCGGGAAGGCCGGAGCUGGGGAAACCAGUGUGGCCUUGGCCCUGUAGAGAAACGGGCUUUGGACCUCGCAAUCAGGACCCAUCAAACAGGAUUUUCAGUCCAAGGACAAGAAUUCUUAAGAGAGGAAAAGAGUCUUUGCACCGUGUGAAGGCAUAGUUGGUAUCCCAGACUCGGCUCAGGAAACUGAAUGGCGGGUUGUGAAACUAGCUUACUUAAUUCUCAUUCAGUUCUUACUGGGUUCAGUUGUUUCAGUGUCCUGCAGGAAUAAUAAUACCUGCUGUUGAGGACUCUUAAAUGCUAAAUUUGGAGAAUGUAUCAUGAGGGAAACGUUUCCUGUCAGUGUACUGAAACUGAUGAUGUCAUGGCUUUUUGAGCCUGAGAGGGUUGUUCAAUGAAAUUUCUAUUUAAGUGUGUUCAUUUUUAUGCACUUAAAGCUCAUCACCAGGUAGAGCAGACUGUUUUGGCACAAAGAUGUCUGUUUACAGACUUGUCUAGAAACAUAAGCCUGCAGAUUGUUGUGUCAGAAAUAAAGUAUUACAGAAUUUAAUAAAUGCAUCUGAUUUCCCAAAUGGUUGCAAAGUCACAAGGUGAUAAUAAUUUUUCCCUGAAUUACAGACAAUGUGAAGUGCCUCAUCAAAAUUGAUCUAUGAGAAAUAUUCUUUAAUUUCUCUUUGUUAGAAUGAAACCGCUCACCGAUGAGAGCAUCAGGAAAACUGUUUCAUUGUCUGGAUGUUAAAUUUACUGAACAAUGUAGUUUCUUUAGUUGUUGUUCGUCUUUCGGCUGCUCCCGUUUGGGGUCGCCACAGCGGAUGAUUAAUCCCUACAUUGAUUUGGCAUAUUUUUUUUCGCCGGAUGCCCUCCCUGACACAACCACCCUGCGGGGUUGGGGGAUACAUGUUUUGGUGGUGGGAGGAAACCGGAGAACCCGGAGGAAACCCACGUGAACACAUUGUAAAACAUACAAACUCCACAUAGAAAGGCCCUGCCUGGACUGGGGAUCGAACCCUGGACCCUCUUGCUGUGAGGCACUAACUGCGCCACCGUGCUGCCCAAUCUAGUUUCUUUAGUACAACCUUAAAAAAAAAAGAAUUCUGACACAUAGAAGUAAAAGUAGUGCCUUUGUGGUCACUGUCCCCUGUAAGACUUUCUGUAUUAUUGUAUUAUUAUUGACUUUCUGCAUUAUUGCCCACUGAAAUAGAGAAAGAGUGUCAAGUCUAAAAACAUUUAAGACAAAAUUGUGCUAAAGUACACGAGCUGUGUAUUUUGUUACUCUCCUCAUCUGGUUAAGGAAAUAUCAAGUAAUUUCACAUGAAAAGUGCUCCUCAUAUAUUUUCUGCUUUCUAUAAACUGAAUGAAUAUUUGAAAGACAAACAGUCUUGCCUUCAGAUUCAGAGUAUUAAAUAGAUGCAGACUA